GCUGUACUGACCAAGCGCUCUGCGCCGGACACCGCGGAGAAGAGUGCCCGCUGAGAGCUUUCGUCGCCGUCCGCCCUCGACCUCGACGAAGCCUUCCUAAUAUAGCGCCGUCCCUCGAAACGUGGCGAGCUGCUCGUCCACCAUCGAUCGCUCACUAUGGCCGAUGCGUCUUCGCGCAAUGCCGUACCGCCCUCCUCUCGAGACCGUCGCCCGUCCACUCCUGUCUCUCCUACACUGCAGCGUCAUCGUUCUACGAGAACGAGGAGGCACUCGCCGUCGGACACGCCGGAUGAGAACACCGCACUCCUGCGCCCUUCGCGCUCCCGCAUACGCGUACAUAGCCCCUUCGGCACCCCGAGGAGUUACCGGUCGAGGAACCACAGCUCUUCCGGAACUCCCUAUGGCUCGCGCCAUCACACUCGCCACGAGUCUUGGGGCCAUCGCUUAAUCCAAGCGCUCUCAGAUCGUCAGGAUUCCAUGGCGGAGUCCAAAGGCACCAACCUCGGUGAUGAUCGCAUCUGGUACGACCAGUUCACCUCCACGGACUGGGUGCAGGAUAUUAUCGCCGAUGCCUACCGAGCGAAACAAUUACGCUGCCGGAAGGACUUCUGGGGCAGGGCCAUUGUCCUGUUUGACAGCGCCCAAGGUUGGAUACUGAGCGCCUUGGUUGGCGUCCUGGUAGCCGUGGUCGCCUACUGUGUCGAUGUGGCUGAAACCACCCUAUUCGACUACAAGGACGGCUAUUGUGCUCGAGCGUGGUACCUGCGAGAGAAGAGAUGCUGCCCUCAUGGCCCAUGUACCGAUUGGCGAUCGUGGUCCGACGUUCUCGGCGGCCGCCCCUUCGGUCCUAAGGGGACCGCAUUUACUAUCUAUAUUGUAGCCGUGGUAAUUCUCGCCGUUUCGGCGUGCCUACUCACUCUGACGACUAAGACGGUAGUCCCUUCAGCUUACCGAAUGUCGACCUUGGAUGAGAACCUUGCUGCCGAGUAUUCCCUUUCGCCGGCCGAGAGCUACGAGGACGACGACGAAGAGGUCAGUCCCAGGGAGGUUCGUCGGCCGACUUUCGACCCUCCACCUCCCAUGGUGUACUACUCCGCAGCGGGAAGCGGCGUUGCCGAAGUUCGCGUCAUUCUUAGCGGAUUCGUCCUACACGGAUUCCUCGGCCUCAGAACUCUGAUCAUUAAGUCGGUUGGAUUGAUCCUGAGCGUCUCUUCCGGGCUGAGCCUAGGAAAAGAAGGCCCCUACGUUCACAUUGCGACUUGCAUCGGCAACAUUUGCUGCCGAAUCUUUUCCAAGUACGAUCGCAACGACGGAAAGAGGCGAGAGGUGUUGUCUGCCGCCGCCGCUGCCGGCGUUGUUGUGGCGUUUGGUGCUCCCCUCGGUGGCGUCUUGUUCGGUCUCGAGGAGGUGGCCUAUUAUUUCCCGGCAAAGACGCUUUUCCGCACCUUCUUUUGCUGCAUUGUGGCAGCGCUCUCUCUGAAAUUCCUGAACCCCUACGGAACAGACAAGAUCGUCAUGUUCGAGAUUCGGUACAAGAUUGAUUGGGAGUGGUUCGAGUUGGUGGGAUUCAUUCUGGUGGGGGUAUUGGGCGGUGCCGCUGGCGCUCUAUUCAUCAAGGCGUCGCGCCGCUGGGCCCUCUCCUUCCGGAAAUGGCCCCCCAUCAAGAAGUACCCGCUGGUCGAGGUCAUUCUUGUGGCGCUGGUAACCGGGCUCAUCGGUUACUGGAACACUCUCACCAAGCUUCCGGUUGCGAAGCUCCUGUUGAAUCUCGCCGCGCCCUGUGAUGACGAUAGUAGGGACGAUGAGUUGGGGCUCUGCCCAUCGACUAUUGACGAGAUACCUGGUACCCUUCGGAUGCUACUCGCAGCCUUUGUUAUCAAGGGGUUCUUAACCACCAUAACGUUCGGUAUCAAAGUCCCCGCCGGCAUCUACGUUCCCUCGAUGGUUGUCGGCGGCCUCAUGGGCAGGAUUGUUGGCCAUGUGGUUCAGUGGAUAGUACUUCGAUUUCCUCACUGGGGUAUUUGGGGAACCUGUCCACUUCUUCGAGAGUCCACGUGCGUCCAGCCGGGCGUCUACGGGCUCAUUGCCGCGGGCUCGACCAUGUGUGGAGUGACGAGAUUAUCGGUCACGCUCGCCGUCAUACUUUUCGAGCUCACUGGUAGCCUGGACUAUGUCCUGCCCUUUUCCCUGGCCAUCCUCGUCGCAAAAUGGACAGCGGACGCCCUAGAGCCCCUGAGCAUCUACGAUUUACUCACGAAUAUGAAUGCCUACCCCUAUUUGGAUAAUAAACAUAAGCCAAUCUUCACCUCGGACCUUGCCGACAUAGUCCCCCGCGUUCGCCGCGAGCGCGUCAUCGAUAUUACCAACUCGCCUCUGGUGCCGGCUACAAUACUUCGCUCCCAACUCGAGCUCCUACAUCGAGCGGGAGAGCUGGAUGGAGGAUUGCCGAUUCUUAGAGAUGGCAUUCUCGUCGGUUUGAUCCCUGCCCCAGACCUGGAAUAUGCCCUGGACAAUCUCGACGACGAAAGCGGUAGUCUGUGCCUCAUGGCCAAAGUGCCGAGCAUUGACGACGACGAGCCUUCGGAACGGGACCCGACAGACUUCACACCUUACAUAGACCCGGCCCCUGUCGCAUUAGAUAUCAAGUCCCCGAUGGACUUGGUGUAUGAGUGCUUCGCCAAGCUCGGCUUGCGGUAUAUAUGCGUUCUGAGAGAGGGGCGCUACGCUGGAAUGACUCACAAGAAGAGGUUUGUUAAAUAUAUGCGCGAGCUUGAGGAACAACAACACGGGUUUUAAGCAUCGUUUUUUUUACUAGGCCACCAUAUUUUCCUCUUCUCUCUCGCUUUGCAUAGCCUGCGAUCAGACACUGCAUAUAUUUAACGACGUUGGUUUUAGCCCUCCCUACGUGUAGGGAUGUGGUGCCAUAUUCUAGCGUCGCCGCAUCAUCACGGGGUCGGCGUCAUCUGCAUAGUUCAGGUUCGGGUAACAUUUGUUUUCAACCGUAUUGUCGUUCCGUUUGAUGAA